AACAAAAUGACCUCUAUUAUUAAACUGCAUACUGUUUCGGGGGCUAUGGAUGAGACACCACCAUGUUAUAUCCUACAAAUAGAUGAAGUCAAAAUUAUGCUCGAUUGUGGCUGGGAUGAAAAGUUUGAUGCAAAUUUUAUCAAAGAAGUCAAGAGACAUGUCCAUAGCAUAGAUGCUGUGCUGCUGUCCCAUCCGGAUGUUUAUCAUUUGGGCGCUCUACCCUAUCUGGUGGGUAAAUUGGGCUUGAAUUGUCCCAUUUAUGCCACCAUACCUGUACAUAAAAUGGGUCAGAUGUUUAUGUAUGAUUUGUAUAUGUCCCACUUCAAUAUGUAUGAUUUUGAUUUGUUUUCCUUGGAUGAUGUGGAUGCGGCUUUCGAUAAAAUUAUCCAAUUGAAAUAUAAUCAAACUGUGUCGUUGAAGGGAAAAGCAUAUGGAAUUGCAAUAACGCCACUGCCUGCCGGACACAUGAUUGGUGGUACUAUAUGGAAAAUCCUUAAAGUUGGCGAAGAAGAUAUUGUCUAUGCCACGGAUUUCAAUCACAAAAAGGAACGCCAUCUUAAUGGUUGUGAAUUGGAGCGACUGCAGAGACCCUCAUUGCUGAUAACAGAUGCAUUUAAUGCCCUCUAUCAGCAGGCACGGCGUAGAGCCAGAGAUGAAAAACUUAUGACCAACAUUUUGCAGACUUUGCGCGGUAAUGGAAAUGUUUUGAUAGCUGUUGAUACGGCGGGACGGGUUUUAGAAUUGGCCCAUAUGUUAGAUCAAUUGUGGAAAAAUAAAGAAUCCGGCCUAAUGGCAUACACAUUGGCUUUAUUGAAUAAUUUCUCGUAUAAUGUGAUUGAAUUUGCCAAAUCGCAGAUUGAAUGGAUGAGUGAUAAGCUGAUGAAGACGUUUGAGGGGGCACGUAAUAAUCCCUUUCAGUUCAAGCAUAUGCAAUUGUGUCAUAAUUUGGCGGAGCUUGCUCUGCUGCCAGGACCAAAGGUGGUGUUGGCCAGCGAACCCGAUAUGGAAAGUGGUUAUACACGAGAGUUGUUUGUACAGUGGGCUGGAAAUCCAAAUAAUAGCAUUAUUUUUACAUCACGUACAUCUCAGGGUACACUGGCCAUGGAUUUGGUCGACAACCACACACCUGGCCGCAAAAUAGAAUUGGAUAUACGACGUAGAGUUGAAUUAGAGGGCGCUGAACUUGAAGAGUAUUUACGCAUCCAAGGCGAAAAGGUCAAUCGUCUGAUUGUCAAACAAGAUGUCGAUGAGGAGAGCAGUUCCGACUCGGAUGAUGAUAUUGAAAUGAGUAUAAUAACAGGAAAACAUGAUAUUGUUAUAAGGCCAGAGGGUAAACAACACACGGGAUUCUUUAAGUCGAACAAACGCCACCAUGUCAUGUUUCCAUUCCACGAAGAGAAAAUCAAAUGUGACGAAUAUGGUGAAAUAAUCAAUUUGGAUGAUUAUCGCAUUGCUGAUGUGGCCUACGAUGUAAAUAUGGAAGAUGCGAAUAAGGAGAAUGUUAAAAAAGAAGAUAUAAAAGGUGAAAAAUCCACGACAGAUGAUGAUGUCCAAUUACUGGAGAAGCCAACGAAAUGUAUUGUCCAGCGUAAAACGAUAGAGAUAAAUGCCCAAAUACAACGUAUAGAUUUUGAGGGGCGAUCGGAUGGGGAAUCAAUGCUGAAAAUAUUGUCACAAUUGCGGCCGCGACGUGUUAUUGUGGUGCAUGGCAUUGAAGAAGCCACCAUGGCUGUGGCCCGGCACUGUGAGCAGAAUAUUGGUGCUAGGGUAUUUGCACCACACAAGGGAGAAACCGUGGAUGUUACCACCGAAAUCCACAUCUAUCAAGUCCGCCUUACCGAGGGCCUUGUAGCUCAAUUGCAAUUCCAAAAAGGCAAAGAUGCUGAAGUGGCAUGGAUUGAUGCUCGCAUUGGUAUGCGCACCCAGGCCAUUGAUGCUCCCGCCACAACUAAUCAAAACUCGGAAACAGAUAAUGAUGUUACCGAAACAACAGCGGAAGAAAGAACUCUCACCCUCGAAUCAUUGGAAACCGAUGAAAUUCCCGUACACAAUUCCGUUCUAAUUAAUGAAUUGAAAUUAUCCGACUUCAAACAGGUGCUAAUGCGUAAUAAUAUUAAUUCGGAAUUUUCUGGUGGUGUACUGUGGUGUUGUAAUGGCUCCUUGGCAUUGCGGCGCAUUGACACCGGCAAGGUGACAAUGGAAGGUUGUCUAUCGGAGGAAUAUUAUAAAAUACGUGAAUUGUUAUAUGAACAAUAUGCUAUUGUGUAA